AGGGAAAUGAGAACUUAGUUAACGUUCAACUGCGGAUACAAAAUGUUCGGCAGCGGAAGAAAGUCUUCAUCGGUGCCCGUAAUUUGCACAUUUUUAUUGGUGUCAGUUGCAUAUUGGCAAACUAUAGAGACUGCUGCUGUAACGGCACCUACUGCUGCUGGGGAAGCUGAUAUACUUUAUCCGCCUCAAUUUACCACAAAUCGUAUUGUGGGUGGUGAGGAGGCACCCGAAGACUUAGCACCCUAUCAAGUUUCUUUGCAAUCUCUAAAGGGUAGACAUUUCUGUGGUGGUGCCAUUAUUGAUAAACGUUGGAUUAUAACCGCCUCGCAUUGUGUGGCCGGCAAUAAACCGGAGAAACUAAAGAUCUUGACUGGUACCCAAAAUCUGAAAAAUCAUACAGAGAAAUACUAUUAUGUGGAUCGCAUAGAAAUGCACUGUAGCUAUAAUAGUCCUCCCUAUGCAAAUGAUAUUGCUUUGUUGCAUUUGAAUGACAGCAUUGUUUUCGAUAAUCAUACCCAGGCGGUGGAAUAUGAUCAUGAACCCUUAAAGGAAGACGAUGAAUUGGUCUUAACCGGUUGGGGUACUUUAUCGUUGGGUGGUGAAGUUCCCACUAAAUUGCAAACGUUAAAAGUGAAAUAUGUUCCAUUUAAUGAGUGUCGUGCUGCUCAUGAUAACACCACUUGGGUAGAUGUGGGUCAUUUGUGUACCUUUAAUGAUAAGGGUAAGGGUGCCUGUCAUGGUGACAGUGGUGGUCCUUUAGUUCAUAAAGGUAAAUUGGUGGCUUUAGUAAAUUGGGGCCGUCCUUGUGCUAAGGGUUUGCCAGAUGCUCAUGCUAGAAUUUCAUAUUAUCAUGAUUUUAUACGUACUCACCUGAAGGCCUGUGGCAAAGAAGAGGAGGAAGAGAAAGAGGAGGAAAAGGAGGAGGAGAAAGAAGGUGAAAAAGAGGGAGAAAAACAGCCUGAAAAGGAGAAAGAGAAAGAAAUUAACAUGAGUACUUAAUCAUAAGUUUUUAAAGUUUAAAACUUAAGUCUAAGUUGAAAUAAAAGUUAACAAAAGAUAUAAAUUACAAAAA